GUUGAGUUUCAUUCUCAGAGCUGAAGCGACUGCAGAGUGAAACACGUGGAACCAGCCUGAGCACACUGCAGACUUUACAGCAGUUUAUUCGGGUUUUUUCGUGUUUCGACGAAACACCACGCAGUCAUGGUGAAGCUGGCGAAGGCAGCUAAAAAAGAAGUGCCACAGAAGAAAAAGGCACCCCCACCCCCAAAAGAAGUUGAAGAGUCCAGUGAGGAGGAGGACAGUGAUGAAGAUGAGGAAGAGGCACCACCAGUCAAAGCAGUUGCCAAGAAACCUGUAGCAACUCCAGCAAAGGCAGUAAAAAACGGUAAAGUUGUUGCCAAGGAAGAAAGUGAGGAUGAUGAUGACGACGACGAAGAUGAUGAUGAUGAUGAUGAUGAAGAGUCUGAAGAGGAGCCUCCUGCACCAAAGAAGGCCACUCCUGCCAAAGCAACUCCAGCAAAGGCUGCAGCAAAACCGACUCCUGUAAAGAAAGUGGCACCUGCAGAAGACUCGGACGACGACGACGAUGAUGAAGAUGAUGAGUCUGAGGAGGAAGCUCCUCCCCCAAAGAAGGUGGUAGCUAAACCUGCAGCUAAACCAACACCAGCCAAGGCUGCUAAAGAGGAGUCAGAAGAUGAGGAUGAUGAUGAUGACGACGAAGAUGAGGAGGAAAUGGACACCACACCUGCUCCUGCCAAAUCUGCUGCAGCCAAAAAAGCUGGAAUGGUGAAGGCCAAGGAAGAAGAGGACGACGACGAUGAUGAUGUGGACGACGACGAUGAUGAUGAUGAUGAUGACGAGGAAGACGAUGAGGAAGAAGCCCCUGUCACUCCAGGAAAGAGGAAGGCUCAGGAGAAAAAGGAAAAAGGAACCCCACCUGCCAAAAAACCCAAGGCUGAUGGAGAAACGUUCAGCAUCUUUGUGGGAAACUUGAAUCCAGAAAAAGACUACGACACACUCAAGGAAGCCAUCACGAAGUUCUUCAAGAAGGAGAGUCUUGAGAUUCAGGAUGUCCGACUUGGAGGGUCAAAGAAGUUCGGUUAUGUGGACUUUGCCUCUGAAGAGGAACUACAGAAAGCGCUCACUCUAAAUGGAAAGAAGUGUAUGGGUCAGGAGCUGAAACUAGACAGAGCAAGAAGCAAAGAAAACAUUCAGGAAAACAAAAAAGAGAAAGACGCUCGGACGCUGUUUGUAAAGAAUCUGCCAUAUUCUGUAACUCAGGAUGAGCUAAGGGAGCUUUUUGACCAGGCAAUUGACAUCAGGAUACCCCUUGGACACACUGGUAGUGGCAGAGGAAUCGCUUACAUCGAGUUCAAGACUGAGGCUAUUGCUGAGAAAAUACUGGAGGAGACGCAAGGGUCCGAUGUUCAGGGUCGGUCAAUCAUGGUGGAUUUUACGGGUGCAAAAAGCCAACAGCAACAGCAGGGAGGAAGAGGAGGAGCUGUUUCCCAGGUAAAUAAGGUCAUUGUUGUAAACAAUUUAGCCUUCAGUGCCACAGAAGACACUCUUCAGAGUGUAUUUGAAAAAGCAGUCUCCAUCAGAAUACCACAGAACAACGGUCGGAGUAAAGGGUAUGCCUUUGUGGAGUUUGAGAACACAGAUGAUUCCAAGGAAGCGCUAGAAUCAUGUAACAACACAGACAUCGAAGGCAGAUCUGUAAGGCUGGAGUACAUGAGCAGAGACAGAGGAGAGGGCUUUGGAGGAAAAGGCUCUUCAGGACCCACAAAAACCCUGUUUGUGAAAGGUCUGUCUGAGGACACUACAGAUGAGUCACUGAAGGACUCUUUUGAAGGGGCUGUUGCUGCCAGAAUAGCCACAGAUAAGGAAACAGGAGCAUCUAAAGGGUUUGGUUUUGUAGACUUUGACAGUGAGCAAGACUGCAAAGCUGCCAAAGAGGCCAUGGAUGACGGAGAGAUCGACGGCAACAAAGUGACACUGGACUACGCCAAGCCUAAGGGCGAGGGAGGCCGCGGCGGGGGCCGUGGAGGUUUCGGAGGCCGAGGCGGAUUUGGAGGGCGAGGUGGGUUCGGCGGCAGGGGAGGACGUGGAGGUUUCGGAGGCCGAGGCGGCGGAUUCAGGGGAGGUAGAGGAGGAGGAGGAGGACAUCGUGGAGGAGGACGGGGAGGUUUCGGAGGUGGCAGAGGAGGGCGGGGAGGAUUUAUGAAGCCACAAGGAAAGAAGACCAAAUUUGAGGAUUAAUUUUUUUUUUUUUUUUUUGUAUUUCUAUUUGAAUGAACUCGCCCCUUUUUUUUCACCCCUCACGCGUCUGCUCUGACAGAGCCCUUCCAGAAAAGCGUUGAGUGUGUGUGUCUGUUCGGAUUUUCUGGCUCUUUUGCCCUCCUGUCUGAGGUGUCCUCUGCUCCCAUGCGCAUCUUCAUUAUUUUCUCCUUUUGAGGGGGAAAAGUUGAAAUGUGAAUAUUGUGAAUAAUGCUCUGUCGGUUUAGAUACAUUUAUUAUUAUUAUUUUUUUCUUUUUUAUUUUUGUUGUUUUUUUGUUAAAGUAUCCUUAAAUGGUUAUUUUUUUUAGUUUGCUUUAGGUGUGUUUUACCAUAAAUGUAUAAAAAUCUAUUGUAAUGAAAAGUAAAAUUUUACCCAAACUGUUUUGGGUAUUUAGACUCUGUUAAGCUGGUGUACUCUUUUUAAACAUCGCCUCUGGAAACUGCAGUGAAGAACUUUAAUGUCUGUAAUUUUCACAAAUGUUAGAAGACGAAGAAACUUACAAAUUUUGAUUAAACAAAUGAUUUGUAAAGUA